AUCGGGGUCCUGAUUGCUGCUCUCACUGCUUCCUCCGCGCAUGUCAGACGACACGUGCAUCGGCCGUCUCUGUUUGUAGCCCUCAGCCCGUGCCCAUGUAAUGAUCUUUCUCUAUAGAUAAUUAAACCUAUUAACGUGUGUGCCCGGUAACAUAUCAUCUCUAAAUGGGAGGUCUUCAAAAGAAAAAGGUAAGAGUUGGCCUGUAGUAAACAUCAGGCUUGUCCGCAGCGAGUCUUGUAGGAAGGCUAGCUAGUUAGUUAGCUGGAGUCAAAACAUGCAUAGAUUUAGACCAAGGAUUGAUUUAUAUACGGCCUGUGGAAGUGAAUUCUGAUUUUUCUGUUAUUGCUUGCAGUUUGAGAGGGGCUCUGCCGCCAACUACAUCACAAGGAACAAAGCUCGUAGGAAGUUACAGCUGAGUCUGCCGGAUUUCAGGUAACAUUACCUUUAAAAAGGUCGCUUAGAUGCAACCUCGUUUAGUGUUGCGCUUUAUCAGUCUAUAGUAAUUUAUGUAAAGAUCACAAGUGCACUAUGUUGGAUAUGUUUCACUUAUUUAGAGUUCAAAGUGCAUAGUUUUUGAUGAAACAUAAACUGUUCUGUGUUGAUUUCCUGUUUUUAACUUAAUUUUUAUCAAAAUUUUCACCCCAACAAUACAGUGCAUACAUCUCAAUACAAUACAUUUCUUCUCCUUUUUCCAGCUGUAUGUGUAUUUUUACAAACAUCCACAGAUAAUGUAGGAUUAAAUCAAAGAGAAUAAUCAUAGUAAUCAUCGCAAAUAAACAAUGUCCACUCCAAAGUAGAGAUUUAUAGGCACAAGUUCUAGUCAGAGGCACGAUGACAGUAUUUUGAUAUGGAUAGGAAGCACUUACACCAUUAACAGAACUGUCAUUGCAUCAAUAAAGGUACCACCUGUUUUUAACUUUUGGGAGAUUAUUGUUUGGUGGUUACUAACUAUAUAAUAUUACAUUGGAGAUGUACUUAAAAAAAAUACAUGACAGCACAAUGGACUGGAAAUAUUUAACAAAGUGUCCGAUUGGUUAAAACAGUCGAGAAAACCACAGAUGUAGUUGUAUCAGGGUGUAGUUUUCCGUAUUUUCAGUGGUAAAUCGUCAAUCCAUGUACACUUUUCAAAAUACGUUUAUUUGUCAUGUGCAUGUUAGACAAGGUCAACAGUGCAAUGAAAUGUCCUGGAUGAGAGGACUGCUCGAGUCAAAAGAGUACAGAUAAAACACACAAUAGUACUGAAGGAACUUGUUAACUAGUUCCUUUGUGACAGAAAAAGUGAGUUGUAUGCCUAAAUCUGAACUAUUUGGUUAUGGAUUAAUUAGGAUUUUUUCUUAUGGAGACAGCCAAACAACUACCAAAAUAUUAACCAAAAAGUAGUCUUUCAUCCCCCAAUGAUUUAUACUUUUUUGUCAGGUUGCCUAUCAGAGAAGAUCGACCCCAACAGCAGCUUUGUCAUUUCUCAAUAAUACCUGAUCUCUUUGUUGAAUUUCAGGCGUCUUUGCAUCCUCAAAGGCAUCUACCCUCAUGAGCCCAAACACAAGAAGAAGGUCAACAAAGGCUCUACAGCUGCGAGGACCUUCUACCUGCUCAAAGACAUCCGCUUCCUGUUGCAUGAGCCAAUCGUCGGCAAGUUCAGAGACUACAAGGUAUCGCACACAUAUGAUACGUUUUUAAAUGUCACAGUCAAUGUCUCUGUUUAAACUAGAAUUUUUGAAAGCUGAUAUUGUAACUUGUGAGAAAAUCUGUCAGUUUUUUUUUCAAAGCUAAUUUAAAUCAUCCAUUUAAAGAUUUUUGAAUAUAUGUUCUACUUGCAUAACUGUUGUGUGUUUUUCUGGUGACAUUUUCUAAAUUAGUGGUAUGAAGUCUAAACCAGCUUUCCAUGUAUUCUACUUCAACAGGUCUUUGUUCGCAGACUUAAGAAGGCAUAUGGAAAAACAGAAUGGUCUGCUGUUGAGAGACUGAGGGAGAACAAGCCAACCUACAAAUUGGACCACAUCAUCAAAGAGAGGUGAAAUACAGUUUUUCAUCUAAACUGACUUUCCAGGAUCAAAAGAUAACCAAUCAACUCAGCUGUGUGAAGUGCUCUUUAAAAAAAGUAUAAACAAUUGAAGCAAUAAUAAACUGCACCUGGAUUAAAAUUUCCUGUUCACCUUUUCUGAGGCAGUAUUAAGUUGAGAAGGUUUCAAAUUAAGCAGCAAAAAUUCUUUAAGACCAUUAAUGUAACGACAGCUGACUGUUAUUGUGCUUAUUUUGGCAGGUAUCCUUCUUUCAUCGAUGCCCUCCGUGAUAUCGAUGAUGCCCUGUGUAUGUGCUUCCUCUUCUCCACCUUCGCCCGCACGGGAAAAUGCCACGUUCAGACAAUCCAGCUGUGCAGACGCCUCACUGUGGAGUGGAUGAACUACGUGAUCACAUCUAGUGCUCUCAGGAAGGUUCGUCAGUCUUUGUUUGUUUGUCAUGAAGCAGAGAGGGAGGUGCUGUAAUUGGUUUGUUGUAUGUUUACGGUCAUCUGUUUUAAUGAACCUCAACACUUGUCUUUAUAUCAUAGGUGUUCAUCUCUAUCAAGGGAAUAUAUUACCAGGCUGAGGUGAUGGGACAGCUCAUUACAUGGGUGGUGCCGUAUCAGUUCUCCCAUGAUGUAAGUCAAUGAUGAAAUGCAGUCCACAGUGAAUAUGCUGAUUAUAGAAACUGCUUUUAUACUAUUAUGGGAUUACACUGAAGGUUGACACAACUCUGUCAUCACUGGAACCCAUAAUAACAACCCAUACAUGAACAAACAUUUGUAAUACUCUAGUGAACUUGAGGUAACGUCGGGUGUUUGGAUAGGGUUGCUCUUUCUGUUUAAAUGGCUGGAGUUGUUAAUUUUGGGCAGUUCACAUGUUGCUCCUUAACCCAGGGAUUUUUAAAUACUGUCAAAGACAACUCUGAUCUCCAGUAAUUCAUCUGUGUAUCUCGGUGAUACUUUUAAAACAAUUUUCAGCAUCCAACUGAUGUGGACUACAGGGUGAUGGCAACUUUCACAGAGCUCUACACCACCCUCCUGGGGUUUGUCAACUUCAGACUCUACCAUUCCCUGAACCUGAUCUAUCCUCCAAAGGUACAGACUGCUGCAUUAUUAAACUACAUCUGAUGUUGAUAGACGUGGAUGGUGAAUAAGGAUUUUUAUUUUUCUGUUCAUGUCUUCUGCAGAUGGACAGUAAAGUAGAAAUGGAUCAGAUGGAGGAUGAUGACUAUGCCAUGACUUCAGAAAGCAACUCCGAGGUGAGACCUACUGUCUUGAAUAAUUUUUAGGUCCCUUUCAGCCCUGAACACACAGUAGCGGCAUCUUUUUUUACAGUUUGUGAUUUUUUUGAAGUAAUUUCUUCACACAGUUUUCUUUCAAAGUAACAUUUCUGAAAUUUCUAUCUGGUCUUAGAAAGAUGUCAUUCAUUAUGUUAAUUUUGGUAAAUUAUCCAGAGUGAUCAGGACAUCAUUGUCUCUAAGAUACACUGUUCUGAUUUUGAAAAUACCAUGACUUCAAUGCUUUGAGCAAGACAAACAGUUACUCUCACUUUCAUAUUAAUGAGAUGGAUUAAAAACUUUGAAAGAUCGCAGGUAUCGCACACUAAUAUGUAAUUAUCAAAACUAGAAACUACAGUAUCACGCGUUGUAAACCUUGUAUUUUCUUGGACUGAAGUGCUUCCUUGAUAAGUUGUAUUUUAAUAGAUCAUUGUUCUAAUUCUUUGUUUGUUGUGCAGAAACUGUCAGCUCUCAGUGCCAGCCUGGCUCGCGCGGUUUCUUCAGCAGAGGAAGAGGAGGCUGAACUGGACCAGUUUCCUGUUGAAGGGGUACGGUUUCUUAUCUGUUCCAGAUACAGCGAGUAAAGAACCUCAUGGUCAUGAUUAUGAGUGCAUCACACACAGCCAAACAACACUAGAUAAAUUAAUUGGUCUCUUAGGGAAGAGGUGAGAAGUUAGGAUCUUUGUCAGACUGUUCAGAGCCUUUUGAUGUGUGAGACUGGGGACUUCAGCUUCAUGUUUGGUAGCGAGGAAUAAGAUGUUCCCAAGCUUUAUUUGUCAGAUUGUCACACAAACUACAAGAUCCACUUCUGGGUCUGCUCAAACACAGUAACUUUUCAGUAUUUUACCUGCAUUUAAACAAGAUGAGAUACAUUUAUUUUCGGUUUUAAGGCAUGGAACACGAAGUCCCUGCAGUCCCUUGACUCUAAUGUGUGAUUUUUGGCUGUUAAAAUAAAUACGUCUUUAAGGAGGGCUUACAUUAUUUUUCAAGAUGCUGAUACUGUUGCAGCUGGAUGUUUUAGACUUCAUGAAAGAAUUUAAAACAGUUAUUUAUUUAUUUGUGUUUUGUUUUGUUUUUUUUCCAGGAGGACAUUGAACAGAUGGAAGCCAAGGAAAAAGAGCAGAAACAGCAGAAGCUUUUUAAGGGACUAAAGUUCUUCCUCAACAGAGAAGCCCCCAGAGAGUCUCUGGCUUUUGUCAUCAGGUGAGUAAAUUUGUGCUCCAGUGAGGCCUGCAGUUCUAUCCGUGCCAAAAUAAGAAGCAAUCCAUUUUAGUUUGAAACUGAAGUGAGGCCUUAAACCCUUUUCUUUUCCUGUUACCUUGAAGGUGUUUCGGUGGUGAGGUGUCCUGGGACAAGUCUCUUUGCAUCGGCAGCACAUAUGAAGUGACAGACGAGACCAUCACACAUCACAUCGCUGACAGACCAAAUAUCGAGAAACAGUACAUCAACAGGUAAUUGAUGGUAGAUCACGAUGUUUUUCCAACGAUACACAUCUUUUCUGUCAGAGUUUCCUUGUACUUUUCAAAUAGAGAAAGAAAAUAAUAUUCUUCUUCGAUAAAAAACAAGACUUUUUAUCAAAACAAUGAAAGAAAUGUGCUGUUUCCAUAAUUUUCCUUUGAAACUAUGUCCUCUAGGUACUACAUCCAGCCACAGUGGGUGUAUGAUUGUGUUAACGCCAAAAUGCUCCUGCCUGUGGAGGACUAUUUCCUCGGAGUGAACCUGCCCCCCCACCUCUCUCCCUUCGUAGAGGAGAAGGAAGGAGACUAUGUGCCUCCUGAAAAACUCAAGAUCAUGGCCUUACAACGCGGAGAAAAACCCGGUAUGAUCCAAGUGUUUUUUUUUUCCAUUGCGUGUCAAACCUUUUCAUGCAAUUACACCUUUUUGUGUAAUUAGCCAUAAUAAGCAGGAUGAACUUGUGGACACAUGCGAGUCUGCAAUCAGUCUGAUUACACAGCCAAGGAAAAGGUGGUUCCUCUCAGUUGAUUGUGUGACUUCUGGAAACAUUUGGCCUCAUAAGAAAUAAGGUGUAUCUGGAUGUUAUAUUUGUGAUCAACUGAGAUUUUUUUCUAAUUAAGCAACUAAAGGAUAUUUUUAAUUGAAUGUAAUCAAUCAUUUGAAUUUCAUUCAUUUAAAAGGAAAUAUUAAACAUGUGUGAGGAGUCUAAGUUUUAGAGGCUGACAUGUAAUUAUUUGUUUUACUUCCAUCACAGCCAAUGAAGAGGAAGAGGAGGACGAAGAGGAGGGUGAAGAAGAAGAAGAAGAGGAGGGAGAUGAGGAAGAGGAGGAAGAAGAGGAUGAAGAGGAAGAGGCAGAAGAGAAAAAUCUGAAAAUGAUGGAAGAACAAAGAUCCCAGGGCAAGGUGAGAUGAUCUAUUCUCCUGUGUCUGUCAUGUCUAUAGUGAUGAAAAGAAGUGACACCAUCACUUCUAACACUGUCACUCUUUUUAGUCUCUUCAGGUCAAAGUGACACCCGGCAAAGUAAAGGCAGAAAACUCUGCACGCUUGGAGGAGGAGGAGAAAGCUGAGGAGAAACGUCUGGCCAUCAUGAUGAUGAAGAAAAAGGAGAAGUACCUCUACGACAAGAUCAUGUUCGGAAAGAAGAGAAAAGUCCGAGAGGUUUGUUCUUUUGUUUUUUAUCGAAUAUGGAUUAAUGUGCAGAUAAGUCUGUUUGUGCUGCCUUGUGUACUGAUAACAGUCUUUACACUGGAUCCUAUGUUGUCUCUGUCAGGCAUCUUAUCUGUGGCUGAGAAUGUUAAACAGCUUUGUAAAGCUGCUGUGUGCUGAACACAUUCACACCCAGCAAUGGCCCCCCGAGUUCACAGACCUCUGAAAUACCUUCAUGUGUUUAUUCUGCUCUUUCAGGCUAACAAGCUUGCAGCCAAGAGGAAAGCCCACGAUGAUGCUGAAAAAUCCAAGAAGAAAAAGGCCAAAAAAUGACCGGUGUGAUGAUGUAUUACUCGGACAGACCAAUGUGCAUCACAGGUUGAAAUGUCAUAAAACCUUUUUGUGGAUUAUGGUGCCCUGUGAUGGAGCUACAGGCACUCUGAUGUGGGUGCGUCAACCUCUGCAUAAAUUUAAGCUGAGAUGCAAGGUGUGGCUCAUGCUAACUGUACCUAUAAAUGUAAAAGUGACUGUUUUCUGUAAUGUGUUCUGUUUCACCUAUCUGCUGACAGGAUAUUCGCUUCCUUUUCACAUAUGUACAUGAAAUGGUGUAUUUUAAAGUAAAAACCUCAAGAUUA